AGUGAGUUACAGCAGGUGUCAGACACACAAAAGAAACACUGCGAGGCCUUCUGAACGGAGCAACGGCAGCAGAGCCUGACAGAAACGAGCUAAAGAGGAGCUUUGAAGCUUUUGACUGGAAGUGCAGCAGGUGGCUCAAGACAGUAAAUCACAGUCUCUCCUCACCGACGUCAAACAGCAGCCUUCUUUCAGAGUGUCGAGGCACAUUAUGCCGGGUUCAGACUUCAUGUCCGACUGAGGAGCCGACAUGUUGGACAGAUUAAGACUGAGCGUCCUGCUGCAGGGCCUGACUCUGGUCCUGUUAGGCCCGGCCUGCGAGGCGUCUUCUCUGGGGCUGACGGUCCACGCUGUACCCCUGGACAGCGAUGGAGGAAAUACUGUGCGGGCUCACUUCAGCGCCAUCGCUCCCGCUCCGUGUCCGGGUCUGACCGGACUCUGUGCAGACGGGGAGGACUGUCUGGUCCACGCCACCUCGCUCCCUUUCAACGGCAGCAAACCCAGCUCGGGCUGGUGUGUCCGCCAGUGGCAGAAAACGGUCCCCAGUAAUUAUAAAGCCACUGUAAAAUUAGGGUCCGACACAGAAAUGUUUGUAUGGAUGAAAGCAGGACCACACGUCCGGGGAAACAGCGGGAGACUCAACAAUCCUGCUUAUGCUGGUCUGCAUCCUCCACUAAGAGCUCGUGCGGACUGUCCUCACCACUUCCAUCUGUCCGUGAAAGACCUGGACGGCGACAGGGUGAGAUGUCGCUUCGCGCUUCCUGAGGAGGGCGAGUGCGUCAGCUGCACUCCGCACACGUUUAUAGAGCUCGAUGAGGAAAAAUGUGCAUUUUCAUUCACUGGAAAAGCGCCAGCAGGACAGUAUUUCAUCUACCUGAUGGUGGAGGACUUCAUACCGAAGCCCAAAACAAGCGUCCCCCCACGGCCGACGAGCCCCUCAGCUCUGUCCCUGUGCACCUGUCGCUCACCGUGGAGGAGUCGACUUCCAGCUGCAGCGCUGAGCCCGUGGCAGCAGACGAGACCCCCACAAGAGGACUCCUCGAUGUCCAUCCUGCCGUACCAGCAGAAGCAAUUCAGCGUCGACUUUACUUCAGCGCAGGAGCGCGUUUUAGAGAUCGCAGUGGUCGGCCCUCCUGAACUCCACAGAGUUGGUUUCAAAUCAGUCGGCUCCCUGUCGACCAUGACCAUGGCCUUUGUCCGCUCCGAAAACAAACUGGCACGCCUUUUACCCAUCUGCUUUGCAGCAAAUACAAAGAGUUUGCAGUCGGAGCCCAGAUGCGUGUGGCUGUAUCAAAGAGAGAUGAUGGCGCUCCCUGCUGGAACAGAGCUGACGUGUGAGAAGACAGAGAUGACUCUGGUGCUCCCGAUCACCUCGCUGAGCGACAUCGACCUGGCCGAGCUGCAGCUCAACAGCCCCAGCUGUCCCGUCACCUUCAACAGCACACACCUGACGGCACGCAUCUCCCUGAGCGACUGCGGCACCAAGAUUGUGCACGCUGGUUCAGAGCUGGUUUACACCAACACCUUGAAAACGGUGCGUGAGUACACUAUGGUGAGCCGACGGCCCACGCUGACCCUCCCUCUGGCCUGCCGGAUCCCCGGAGUCCAGGUGGGAAAACCGAACUUUGAGAUUGCCAUGCCCAAAGAGAAGGAGGUCUUCGGUGAGAUCGCUAUAUGGAUAGAAUUACACUUACCUGGAAAAGGGCCGCUGGCCAAAUUUACACGCAGCCCUAGGUUACGCUCCCUCAGCGUGCUGCCACGACGAGUGCGUCGAGAAGCAGGAUCACCAACAGAGAGCUCUGAUAACAGCACCUCCUCUGAUAACAGCACCUCCUCUGAUAACAGCAUCUCCUCUGAUAACAGCACCUCCUCUGAUAACAGCACCUCGACAGCACCUCCUCUGAUAACAGCACCUCCACCAGCACCUCCUCUGAUAACAGCACCUCCUCUGAUAACAGCACCUCCACCAGCACCUCCUCUGAUAACAGCACCUCCUCUGAUAACAGCACCUCGACCAGCACCUCCUCUGAUAACAGCACCUCCUCUGAUAACAGCACCUCGACCAGCACCUCCUCUGAUAACAGCACCUCCUCUGAUAACAGCACCUCCACCAGCACCUCUACCAGCGGGGAACUCGGGUCCAGGCUGUCCAUGCUGGACCUCCAUGUCUUGUCCAACUGCAGCAUUGAGCGAGCCGAGAUGAUAGUGAGCAACUGUAUAGAGUCUGCGACAGAGGACUUUGCAGUAUCCCACCCCAUCCUGGAGCAAGGGUGUGUCUCGUCCAACAGCACAUUAGAGGUCGUUACCCAAAGAUCCAACUCCAAGGUUUACCGCCUCGAUUUGAGCACCAUCGAGACC